AGCCAAUCAAGGCCUCAUCAGCAGCCUCGUCUACGACCAAGAUCGAGGAUUCAAGACUUAGAAAUUCCCCAUCAAAACAUGAUGCAAUCGCCAAGUCCAUGGAUGCCAUGGCUCUCCUCCAAGUAGCGGCUUCUCUGGACCACGGAGAAGGUAGGCUUCUCCGUUCGGCACUCAAACCGACGACGACGUCUAGCGGGAAAUCGACGCUGGCAAAUUUUAGCAUCAGAGUUUGGAUCACUUCAAUUAUAUAUGCUGGUAUGAGACCUUUCUGCCGGCACCCACCAGUCUGUCCUCCCGCAACCAUGUUACUCGUCUUCUUUAAGUCAACAUCCCUUGCAGCAGGUUUAAGUUUUUAUAUAUCCCAGCUUCAUGCAUAUGAAAUCUUAAAUUCGAUGCACUGCCUCACUGAUUGAAUAUCUCAUUUCUAUUCUCAAUAUUAGCUUGGCAACACAUGAUUUUGUCUAUUAACCAAUAUGUGUUCACAAUUGUUUUGUAUGAUAUUUAUACUGGUCUUGCUCUGGAAACUUUAGAACCACCUAUGAUAUAUUCACUUCUUUGUUUUAUUAGCAAGGGCCCUUUCUCUUAAAUAUCUCUAUUGAGGAUCUAAGGAUCACUUUACAUAUGAUUAAAUAAUAGUCUUUUGUACUCUCAUGCUCUAAUUUUAAAUAUUUAUCUCUCCCACAUCCCCUCCAAGUUAUAUUUCAGGCUCAAAGCUUGGAUUGUAGGGCAUCUCAAUACAUAUCUGCUGGAUCAUUGAUUAAACAUUCUUGUUUUUGUAACCAGAGAAAAGGUCAGGAUCAUAUACAUUUCUCAUUUCUGUCAGGUAAUCUCCGUAUUUGUUCUUUUAAACUGACUAGUAUCUUUUCCAUUGUCCCUCUCGUUUAUAAACCAUAAGGUUGUACUUGUAUCAUAUUAUUGUGGGUACGUACUCUUUGCACUACAUAUAUGUUUGGCAGGAUCAGGACAUCAGAUACUUAAGGUCAAGUUGGACAAGGUGGUUUUCUGAAACAUGUAAGUACUCAUAUUCACCACUUUUAAUCCCAAACACUGCUUGGUAGAUGUACAAUGAGUGAAACUCUUUACCUGGACAAUUGUUCGGACUUAUAUACAAAACAAUACACAGUAUCUGUGUCG